AGGGAGGGGAUACAGAGAGAGACCAUCAGCAAGGAGAUCUGAGGAGACGAGAGAGUGGGCCUGAUGAGGCCACCAUAGGCUGAAUGAAGAAUGCCUUCACUGUUGACUGGAGUGACUUUGGUAACAUAGGUGGGCCUAAGGGGGCCCAAGAGGCCUUUGAAGGUGGCUCAGAGCAGGCAGGCAGGCAGGGCUCAGAAGGACAGGGGCUCAAAGUUACAAUCCUAGCCAGGCAUGGGGGCAUUCUUGCAAUCCCCGCUUAGGAGGCUAAGGUGAGAGAGAGCUGCUCUGGGUUAGAGGCUAGACUGGGCUACACAGCCAGACCCUGUCUUUAGAAAAGAAAGUUGUAGGUCACAGAUAUUAAUCACAGCACUGGUGACUAAUAGCACCUGCUGUGUGUCUGCCAUUGUUUUACGAAUGUCAUAGUUCACAGGAGUCUCCCAUUCUUAGGAGACAUUGUGGUGAGGACGGUCACAGCCACACCUCGCAGAUGAGGAAAAUGAGGCAGUGCUGGGCCAGUAUGUGGCAGAGCCACCUCUCACUGGCUCCUGGUGACCACAGCAGUUGAAUAGUAGUGGCUCUCCAGCUUGGCCAGAGCCACAGGCAGGUCCUGCUACCCAGGAUGGGAGGCCUGGCCACAGUAAGACUGGGAAGCUUUGGUUCAAAUAUUUGGAAGCAGCCUGGGUUACACAACGCUGAGAGGUCACACGUCCCGUGACUGUCCCCCAUCUUCCUGUCCAGCUCUGAACCAUGGCAACUUCCAAGUUGCCCGCGAUGUCUGAGGACGAGACCACCAUCCUCAUGGCCAAAGAAGAGCUGGAGGCCCUACGCACCGCCUUUGAGUCUGGCGACAUCCCUCAAGCAGCCUCUCGCCUCCGGGAGCUGCUGGCCAACUCAGAGAGUACCCGGCUGGAGGUGGGCGUCACGGGCGAGUCGGGAGCCGGCAAGUCCUCCCUCAUCAAUGCCCUGCGUGGCCUGGGGGCCGAGGAUCCUGGCGCAGCUCUCACAGGGGUCGUGGAGACCACCAUGCAGCCUUCGCCUUACCCGCACCCACAGUUUCCCGACGUGACCCUGUGGGACCUGCCGGGGGCCGGCUCUCCAGGCUGCUCAGCAGACAAGUACCUGAAGCAGGUGGACUUCGGCCGCUAUGACUUCUUCUUGCUCGUCUCCCCCCGUCGCUGCGGCGCCGUGGAGACCCGCCUGGCCGCGGAGAUCCUGCGCCAGGGGAAGAAGUUCUACUUCGUGCGCACCAAGGUGGACGAGGAUCUGGCGGCCACCCGCAGCCAGCGGCCCUCGGGCUUCAGCGAGGCCGCUGUCCUCCAGGAGAUCAGGGAUCACUGCGCGGAGCGGCUGCGGGCAGCCGGCCUGAACGACCCACGCAUCUUCCUGGUGUCCAACCUGUCGCCAACCCGCUAUGACUUCCCGAUGCUCAUGUCCACUUGGGAGCAUGACCUGCCCGCCCACCGUCGCCACGCUGGCCUGCUCUCCCUGCCUGACAUCUCGCUGGAGGCUCUGCAAAGGAAGAAGGACAUGCUACAAGAGCAGGUGCUUAAGACAGCCUUGGUGUCCGGGGUCAUCCAGGCCCUGCCUGUCCCUGGACUGGCAGCCGCCUACGACGACGCCCUGCUCAUUCGCUCUCUGCGUGGCUACCACCGCAGCUUCGGCCUAGACGAUGACUCAUUGGCUAAACUGGCCGAGCAGGUGGGCAAGCAGGCAGGGGACCUGCGCUCCGUCAUCCGCUCCCCUCUGGCCAAUGAGGUCUCACCAGAAACUGUCCUGCGGCUGUACUCUCAGUCCUCGGAUGGUGCCAUGCGGGUGGCCCGUGCCUUCGAGCGGGGCAUCCCUGUGUUCGGAACGCUGGUGGCUGGGGGCAUCAGCUUCGGCACGGUCUACACCAUGCUCCAGGGCUGUCUCAAUGAGAUGGCUGAGGACGCCCAACGCGUCCGCAUCAAGGCCCUGGAGGAAGAUGAGCCCCAGGCCGAGGUGAGCUUGGAGGCGUCUGGUGACUGCGGUGUGGAAAAGCGGGUGUCCGGGGAGGGAACCAGCGAGGAAGCCCCGCUGUCCACUCGCAGGAAGCUCGGUCUUCUCCUCAAGUACAUUCUUGACAGCUGGAAGAGGCGCGAUUUGUCAGAAGACAAAUGAAAGUGCAGCCCCCCAACCCCUGCCCCACUCCACCUCUUCCACCUCACCGGCCAGCCAAGCCCUUAAACAAAACCAACAUCAACGAAA